GGGGCGGCGGCGGCGGCUGCUCCGGUGAAGGGGAGUAGAUCAUCCUGAAUGCCAGAAUGGAUAACCGUUUUGCUACAGCCCUGGUAAUUGCCUGUGUUCUCAGCCUCAUUUCCACCAUAUAUAUGGCAGCCUCAAUUGGCACAGAUUUCUGGUAUGAGUACCACACCCCAGCUCCAGAGAACUUUAGUGAUUUGAACAAAAACCUCCAGGAGGAAUUAUCCACCGAAGCUGACGAGAAGACUUACACUGAUUGGCUUUCUCGAUAUAAUGGCACAGUGGGAUUGUGGAGAUGGUGUAUCACUGAGCCCAAAGCCACAGAGCCACCUGACAUGAUCACUCGCUGCAACAGCUUUCCACUGUCAUACCAGUUCAUGGAGAAGUUUGUUGAGCCUGGCAACCAUAAUACUGAGACUGACUUUCUGCGGACCUAUCUUUGGCGUUGCCAGUUCCUCCUUCCCUUUGUUAGUCUAGGUUUAAUGUGUUUUGGGGCUCUGAUAGGACUUUGUGCGUGUGCCUGCCGAAGUCUGUACCCCACCAUUGCCACAGGAGUUCUCCAUUUUCUUGCAGGUCUAUGUACCCUGGGCUCAGUAAGCUGUUACGUGGCUGGAAUUGAGCUGCUCCACCAGAAGUUGCACCUGCCUGAAAAUGUGAAGGGGGAAUUUGGCUGGUCCUUCUGCUUAGCCUGUGUCUCGGCCCCUUUGCAGUUCAUGGCUGCUGCCCUCUUCAUCUGGGCAGCCCGCACCAACCGAAAAGAAUACACACUAAUGAAGGCGUACCGAGUGGCAUAGACAGGUGCUUCACUAAUAACAAUUUGCCAUUUUACAGUAUUGUUUUUAAUGUUAAUAUUAUAAAUAUCACUCCUUUUCCCUUCUCUCCCUUCUUCCCUCGGUUGUUUUCUUUCCUGGCUGUUGGUUUUCUGUGAGAAAACACUCUUGCCUCUCUUGGUAUUUUUUAAUUUUUAAUUUUUUUGGUCAGGCAGAGAGAAGGGCACAUUCUCAUUAUGAAAACCAUUGGAUAACCUUACUGAUCAUCUUUUCUCUUGCCGUAAAUAUGUAGGAUUUGAACAGGGUUUUUAAAAUUAAAAUUUACUCGAUGUUUGUAUGGUAGUCUUGAAGAUUUUACCCAUCAUAAUUUUGGAGCACCUAAAAUUGACCCGGGUAGACUCACACUGAUUUCUCUAGACAAGAUCUUGAAGAGGAAAUUGACUGGAGAUGUGCACAGUUAAUUGAUGAACCGAAUGCCAUUAGAGAGAGACUGAAAACACAGUAAGUGGCAAAACUGUAGGGCUGGACUUGAAGGGAGGAGCAGUUUAGAAGAACUUAUUUACAAGUUCCGGUUCUAAAAUUUUCCUGCAGUCUUUCCUUGAAGAGGCUUUUUUUGGAGACUGCGCCAUGAGUCAUCCAGAAAUACCAGAGCCAUUUUCAAACGUCAUAUAAAACCCUACAGAUAUUUUUGAAGCAGGGAAAAGAUAUACCUAGGUCUUCCCAAACAUUUUAUCUUCUGAGAUGCAAUAUGGACGCUUAAUUGUGUACUUCAUGGCACACAAAUCAGCAGUACUAUGUGGAGAGCACUGUAAUAAAGCAUAUAAUACCACUUUCAGGCAGAAAGUAAAAAAUACAAGAGUUUUUGCUGAGAUUCUGAGACUUCCUUAAAUAUGGAACUUUAUUAGGACUGGAAUUAAAUCAAAAAUAGGAAGGUUAACUUUUAUACUUGAAUAAAGAUCACAAACGGUCUGGACUUACUCUUCCCAAGCACGUAUGUGCAGACGCGCACACACACAUUUUUCUCUGUGUCUCUCUGAGUGACGGUUAGAGAAAGUUGACGCAGCUAAGUCUUUUUUUAACAAUUCCUGGUGGUAAUGAGUGAAAGGAAGGAGUGACACCACAACAUCCUGGGUCAGCCUAAUUUUCUUUUGGAAUGCCUCCAUUGGACUGUUCAUCAGUGCUAAGAAGGACACCAAAAGGACUGACAGGCUGGUGAUCUAAUUCAAACUGCAUCUCUUGUCUCUUCUGAUAGAACAAGGUGCCUUUUCUCCUCUAAAUCUUUCAAAGGCAUCUUUGCUUUAAUUUCCUACAAUUCAAUUAUUUUUUAUAAACCUGUGUAUAAGCCUUGAAGUUUUAAAUCCUAUUUAUUUAUUCCACUUCUGUAACAUAGAGCGGGGUUUUUUAAAUGUACUGUCAUUUCUUACCAUAUCCUGAAAACUGUUAUUAAAAAACUGCAAAACUGACUAGAGGCUA